AUGGCGGUCCGCAUCCGGGAGCGGGCCGAGCCGGCACGCAGGCAGGCAGGCAGGCUGGCGUCCCCUGGGCGGGGCCGGGCUCAGAGGCGACAGUCAGCUGUCAGCUGCGCAGCACAUGUUGCGCAGGCCCGGGCCGUGGGAACGCCGGCCGCGGCCGGGGCUCGCGCCGCUAUUUCGGGAAGGCAGGCAGGCCGGGCUGUUUACACGGCGGCCCGCGAGCAACACGUGGCCGGCGCGAGUCACGCCGCCGCCACGGCCCAAAAAACGCGCAGCCGCAGCGCGCGAGCGGAGCACACUCAGCGCCAACUCAUCCCCUCCCUCCCUCCCUCCCUCCCUCCCGCAGCCGCCACCGCGGCACAACUCCACACAGCGGCCGCGCCAGCUGACGCCGGGGUCGCGGCUCUCAGGCAUAUUGGCGAAGUCGGUGGUCGUUUCUGA